AUGUCUAAGUACGAUCCAUCUAUACAAGAUGGUGAAGAUACGAUAAAGAUCUUAAUUACGACUGAUAAUCAUGUAGGAUAUAAAGAGACAGACACUAUACGAGGAGAUGAUUCUUGGAUUACAUUCGAGGAAGUUUGUCAAAUAGCAGAAGAUAAAGAUGUAGAUAUGAUGCUUCAUAGUGGAGAUUUAUUUCAUAUCAAUAAACCAUCGAAAAAAUCCAUUUAUAAUACUAUGAAAUCAUUAAGAAAACAUUGUAUGGGUGAUAAACCUUGUGAAUUGGAAUUCUUGAGUGAUCCUGAUAUUGUUAAUCGAUAUGGGACUAUCAAUUAUGAGGAUCCUAAUUUAAACAUAGCGAUCCCAGUAUUUGCUAUUAGUGGUAAUCAUGAUGAUGCUACAGGUACUCAAUUACUUCUGCCAUUGGAUCUUUUAUCUGUAUCAGGUCUUGUAAAUCAUUUUGGGAAAGUUUUCGAUAAUAACCGUCUUGAAGUUAAACCUUUACUUUUAAAGAAAGGUGAGACAUAUCUUGCAUUAUAUGGGAUGCAAAGUAUUAAAGAUGAAAGACUUUAUAGGAUCUUAGCCAAUCAAGAAAUCAAAUUCUUGACUCCUUCGGUUAAUGGCAAUUCAUGGUUUAACUUAAUGUGUGUUCAUCAGAAUCAUGUGGGACACAGUAAAACAUCUUAUCUACCAGAGGAAAUGUUACCCGGAUUUCUUGAUUUUGUAGUAUGGGGUCAUGAACAUGAAUGUAAACCUGAACCUAUCUACAACAAUAGCAGAGAUUUCCAUACUUUACAAGCGGGUUCCUCCAUAGCUACAUCUUUAGCAGAUGGCGAAUUACCUCAAAAGCAUGUAUUUAUUCUUAGAAUAAAAGGGAAAAAGUUUGAUAUUGAACCUGUACCAUUGAAAUCAGUAAGGCCGUUUUAUAUGGAUACAGUUUUCAUUGAACAAGAAGGAUUCGAACCUGGGGUAACCACUACUGAAGCUUUGAAAGAAUUCUUGGUAUCUAAAGUUGAAGAAUUAUUGCAAAAGGCUCGUGAUGAUUAUGAUAAGAAGAAUAAUAACUCUUCAGAAGAAAUUGAUAUAAGGAAUUUACCUUUGAUACGGCUAAAAGUUGAAUACACUGGAGAUUAUGACUUUGAGACUCCGCAAAGAUUAUCCAAGAACUUCAUCGGUCGGGUUGCCAAUAUUGAUGAUAUUUUCUUAUUCAACAAGAAUAAACCCCAAAAACAACAAUCAGUGAUUGAAAAGGCGAAGUUUACCGAUAUUGAAGUUCCUAGAAGUUCGGGCAUCACCAUAAACACCUUGAUAUCUCAGUUUGUUGAACAAUCAAAUCUUUAUCUUCUUUCAGAAAAGGGACUCAAUGAAACAGUGAAAAAUUCCAUUGAUAAAGAGGACAAGAAUCUUCUUAAUCAGUACAUUAAAAGUGAAUUGAAAUUCCACGCAUCUAAUCUUUCAAAAGUGGAUAUGGAAGAUGAAGUUGAUGAAGAUAAGAAAUCAUUCAAAGAUUUGUUGAAAACAUUAAAGAAGAAUGACGAAGCCAAUCAAAAACUGGCGAUGAUUGUGGUGGAAAGUGAUGAAGAGAAACCACCAUCGAAAGCUACAAAACAAAAGAAACCUUCUGCUCGUAAAAAAACUGUCAAAAAAGAAGUUUACAGUGAAGAGGAAAUCGAAAUUCCUGAUAGUGAUGAUAAUAUGGAUUAUCAGGAUCAUAAUGAUCAAGAAAUCAUAGAUAGUGAUGAAGAAGUAAUAGAGAAACCAAGGGCUAGUCGGAAAACUCGAGCAACCACAUCCACUCGAGCUCGUGGUACUAGAGGUAGAGGAAGAGGUGGACGAGGAUCUAAAGCCAAACCCCCUACUAGUCAAGGAACAGACUUGUUCUCUAUGCUACAAGGAAUGCACUAA